UAAUCUCCCCGCGUUGUGCCGGUCCAUUGCCGCUAUAACAUUUAAUUCAUGCGCCUUUCUUGAACUUACGGCCAUAAGCAGUUUCAAGAAAAAUCAAUACACACACAAGCAUGCGCACAUUGUAAAGUUGACCUAUGGAUGCCGGCGUUCUCACCUUUAAGAUGAAGAAUAUCGUAAACAUUGUCCUUGUCGUUAUUGUCGUGUGUGCAUCAUCUAUUUCGGCACAAGUGAACAUGUGUAAACACAACUACUGCAAGCCGUACGUAGAGACUUGCUUCCCCUGGAAUAAUCCUGCAGGCUACCUCUGCUGUAAGUGGUCGUCUGCUCGUGGCCAGUACAUCAACGAGCAGGUCCACCCACUGAAGGGCAAAAUAAACGUCAACUGUGAUCCGUUGAAAUGCUACGUUUGUAGUUCCUCCAACAAGAAGCACGGAAAUAAAUGCGGUCGGGAGUUCGGGUACACCAAGGACGAGGCGACUAAGGCUGGAGUUUUCGUGACCUGUGACGAAAUCGGCGUUCAUAACGCUCGUGCCUGUGGUAAAAUGAUCUCAAACGGCUACUACGGAGAAGAAAUUGUUUCAAGAUAUUGUUACAACUACACCAGUCCAAUGAAAUCCUGGUACCCUUCCGGAUGUGCCGAAUACCACACCAUGGACACCUGCUACUGCAACAAAGAAGGAUGCAACUCCCAGGAGGCGAUUAGGUCUACUUUCGGGUUGAUAGUAGCGGCAGUGUUUGCUACUUGUGUGUUGUAUAUAUCUUAUUGAUAGUAGGUAUGCACUAAAAACACGAAAUAUGAUCCUAUGCAUUUUGAAUAACUUUGUAUUGUACUUGCCAGUGCAGAAAGUUUUCGACUCUCUUUGGGCACUUCAGUUUUGACAAAUACUUUCAACAGAUAGGCCUAUAGGAAUCAGCGUAAUUUUUUAUAGAUCUAGAAAACUUAAUUGUCAUUGUACAAAUGAGUAUGUCAAAUUGUUUUAAUUCAUUUACGUGUCUUGAUGCGUUUUUUGAAACAUAGAAUCGUACAAUCACGGUAAAUAUUAUACAAGUCAGAUUUUAUCAUUUACCGACUGUUCAAUAUGUAACUUGUUUAAGUCAUGAUUUAAUAAAUUAACUCAGGUGAUGCAUACCACAGGCAAUUAUAUCGCUUGUGUUCAAAUUGACUAUUGAAGAGUUUUUUUCGUAGUAAAUUCAAACCAAAGCGAUAUACUCGCCUGUGAUACAUGCACGUGCGGAAGCAGCUUAUACUGGUUCAAGUCUUAGUCGUAUGAUGAUACUCAGUCACGUUUGCUAUACCUUGUUUAUUUUGAAUAUACUCCUUAUACUAAUGUGUUCAAGGGGUAUUUACGAACUUGUUGAAAGCUGCGAUAGUUUCAUAGAUGCUUCAGGUGAAAAUUUUUAAAUGAUGUUGUACAUAGAAACCCAAGUACCAGCGUCCUGCCAUCACCGACGUUCCCCAACCUAAUAAGCUGGUGACAGCGGGGCCUGUUUUAUUGUUAUUGAAUAUAAAUUUGAGGGACUCGAUAUCAUCAAGACAUUUAUGAAAGGUGUAUAUUUGCUGCUCAAGGGACAUAAAUGAGCGGACCAUUCCGGAACAUGAAUUCGUUCCCCCUUACCCCAAGACCUCGUUAGUUCGUCAUUCUAAUGAAAUUCGUUAUUUUGAGGUUGAUGAUGACCAGCAGCUCAGUAAAGGCACUGGUACUUGGGUGAUGAGAUACAUGUACAUUGUAUGUGUGAAUUUUAUUCCAUGGUCCGGAAUUGAUUCAUAACAAGAUUUUUUUGAGAAGAAAUCUAGAAUGUCUCUUACAAUAGAAUAUGAUUAAUGAAUUCCACAAGACCACCCUUACAUGUACUGCGAUGAUGUUUCAAGUGAGCGGCUAGCAGUGUCCCGUACCAUUACAAUUUCUAUUGAAAUGAGACAUUACAGAUUUCACCUGCAUUUUUUCUUUUUAUAACGAAACCCCAGCAGUAGAAUCUUCAUAGUUUAUAUCAUUUUAUGACAGAGCAGUGUGUUGAUGUUGAGAAUGGAAUUCAGGGACGACGGGAUACAACUCCGAAAGAGCCUUUCGUGCAUUAUGUAUUGUUGUUAAGACCGUACAUCUGUAUGUACACAUUGUUUCUAGAGUUUCUAGCAUAUCUCUGUUGUAAAUAGUGUUACCUUGGUAAUACCUUUUGUAUAACACAGGCCGUGAGAGUAGUUUUGUGUCACCGAUAUCAUUGCAAUAACGCGUGUUCCUCCAGUCAUUUUUGAAAUAAAUUUUUUCUACACUUUA